GUUUUCCUCUGUACCUCCAUUCCCGUAACUAACUUUUCAGUAGCAGCAAAAACACACCCAUUUUUAAUCAAAUUGAAAUUUAAUAAACCCUAGAAAUUAACACAACAUGGAAGAAGUAAUUGACGUAGACAUGGAAAUUACUAUUGCUCAAGCAGUGCGUCAAUUCAAGGGAAAGAAGAACAAGAAGAAGAAAGCACAGCCACAACCACAACCAGAAGCUGCGGAUUUGUUGCCGCCGAAAUUUUCGGAGGACUUGCCGGAAAAAGACGUGCCGGAGAAGGACCCGCCGGCGCCGGGAAUUGAAGUGUCUCUGUUUGAUCAUUCUGUUGAGAAUCACUUCAGAGCUAUGGACAAGAUUGCUGAGCUUUGCGGAGAAAGUGAAGUGCAAUUUGAUCAAGAGGAACUUCAGCGAUUGUCUGCUUCGAUGACGUUUUUGAGAGAAUGGAAGCACUUCAAUUACCAACCUAGAGUCAUUAGAUUUGCUUGUCAAAGUGAAAAUCAACAGGGGAAAGAUGUAAUUGGUGAGAUAAACCUACCCCAGUUCUCAGCUGCUAUUGUUCCUAAGAAAGCCAAACAAACUGGAGAUGCAGUGUUUCCAGGAUCUGGCAAAGAUUUUGUAAUGUACGCUGGAGGAUCUGUUUGGGCAUUAGAUUGGUGUCCUGCUGUUCACCGAAUUUCUGAGUCUCAUGCCAAGAGUGAGUUUCUCGCGGUUGCUGCUCAUCCUCCUGAUUCUUCAUAUCACAAGAUAGGUGCUCCCCUUACUGGAAGAGGUUUGGUUCAAAUUUGGUGUCUAUUGAAUGACAAUUUUAAAGAGGAAUAUGUGCCCUCUCAAGUGAAAAAGAUUUCAACUCAACCACAGAAGCCAAAAGGAAGACCUAGAAAAAGACCAGUAUCUGACUCUGAAGAUGACAUUAAACCAAAGAAAAAAAAAGGGAGACCUAGAAAAAAGCCAGUAUCUGAUUCUGAAGAAGACUCAUAUAUUGACAUAGAACAGAUUGAUGCUUCUUUAGAAUUGGUUCCAAACAUGGGAGAUUCUGGGAAUACGCAUGAUCAGGUUGCUACAAAAUACUCGGUAAGAAAAAAGAAAAUCUCUGCCCAAGAGAUGUCUGCAGAGCCACAACAAACACCCGGCAACAUUGGUAAAAUAGAUAUCAAAUCACCUGUGAAAAAGAAUACAAGAGAGAGACCGAAACGAGUUACCAGAAAUAAACCUGAUGAUCAAUAUGUUUCUGUUAAAUCACCUAAAGUAAAUACCAGUGAUAGUGACAAAGAAACCGAGUCCCCCCGACCUAGGAUAAAAAGAGGGAGAAGUAAUAAGAAGUCCAGAGAUGCACUUGAAGGCAAUGAUAUGGAUGUCCUUGCAAUUGAAUAUCCUGAGUCCACUUCGUGUCCAAUAAAUGAAGUUUCUGGAACUAUCUGUAAACAAAUUGCUAAAAGUGAUUCUUCUGGAAAGCAGGACUCCAGCCAAUUAUAUACAGGGCAGUUGAAAAUGAUUACUUCCAGGUGUUCUUCUUGUAAGGAUGUAGAAAUACCUAGACCUGUGUUGUGUCUAGCUCAUAAUGGGAAGGUUGCAUGGGAUGUGAAGUGGCGGCCUUCUGAUUCUUCUGAUUCAUUUAAUGCUGAUUCCAAGCAUAGGAUGGGAUAUCUUGCUGUCUUGCUAGGAAAUGGAGCUCUUGAAGUCUGGGAUGUUCCUUCACCUCAUGCGGUUAAAUUAAUUUAUUCUGCUACGCGAAAGGAUGGAACGGACCCACGGUUUAUUAAAUUAGAUCCAGUCUUCAGAUGUUCCAGGUUGACAUCAGGUGACAGACAAAGUGUGCCUCUAACAGUGGAGUGGUCUGCAUCACCGCCUCAUGAUCUUAUUCUCGCUGGAUGUCAUGAUGGAGUGGUUGCAUUGUGGAAGUUCUCGGCCAAUGUUUCUUGCAAAGAUACAAGGCCGUUGCUUUGCUUCAGUGCAGAUACAGUUCCUAUAAGAGCACUAGCCUGGGCACCAAGCCAAAGUGAUCCCGGGAGUGCCAAUGUAAUUGUUACUGCUGGACAUGGAUGCCUAAAAUUCUGGGACAUACGUGAUCCAUUUCGCCCACUAUGGGAUCUUAAUCCAAUUCAAAAGGUGAUUUGCAGCUUGGACUGGGUGCCUGAUCCAAGAGGUAUAAUUAUCUCAUAUGAAGAUGGAACAAUAAGGAUUCUCAGCUUGUCGGAAGCUGCAAAUAAUAUUCCUGUUACUGGAAAACCGUUUGUUGGGACCCCACAAGAAGGUUUACACCGUUAUUGUUGUUCAUCUUAUACGAUAUGGAGUAUUCAAGUUUCAAGAAUAACAGGAAUGGUUGCAUAUUGUAGUGCAGAUGGCACUGUUCUUCGUUUUCAGCUUACUACUAAAGCAAUGGGGAGAGACCCUCUGCGACAUCGUGCCCCCCACUUUCUUUGUGGGUCACUAACUGAGGAAGAUUCCACUCUGAUUAUGUAUACGCCCCUUCCGGAUGUUCCACUCCUGUUCAAGAAUCUGUCAAAUCAGGAGAAAAAAGUGAAGAUCGAAAUGAAUGGAGGUCAACCAUCAAAUCAGCAAGCUUUAGCCUUGUCACACGGUGAUGAUCCGGGAAUCGAAUCUGGAUCUGAGGACAUAAUGGCUGAAAAGAGCAAGAAGUCUUCAAAAAGCAAGACUAAAAGCACUAAGGUGCCGAACGCUAGUCAAGCAUUAGUAUGCAGAGAUGAUAAUCCAGAGCCUGUGCAACUGAGAGAAGGCAAUGCAAAUGAAGAGAAUGAUAAAUUCGAAAUUUUGCCUCCAAAAAUCAUUGCAAUGCAUAGAGUACGAUGGAAUAUAAAUAAAGGCAGUGAAAGAUGGUUAUGCUAUGGAGGAGCUAGUGGAAUUAUACGCUGUCAGGAGAUUUAAUUUGUCUAUUUGUAGUGGCUCUGAUCUAUAUAAAACUUCUGUGCAAUUGUAUUUGCUAGUAUACCCAAUAUAUGAACUUGAAAAUUUGUACUUGCACAACCAUAUCGACCAAAAGCACAGUUUUAAAAUUUAGGCUACAUUCACUUGGGCUGGAUUGAAUGGAUACUGGAUUUUAUGUAAUGGCUCAUUCCUGCUGGAAUGAUAAUUGGACUGUUUGCCUGAGAGAAUAGAAUGGUAGACUCGGGCAUUCCUUUCCGGAUCAUAUAUCAAAUUUUGUUCCUUUCAUAACAGGUUUACUCUCAGUAGAAGCUUUUCUUCGAAUCUAGCGCACGAAAGCAUCUGUUCAUUUCAGAUUUACAGCACUUGUAUUGCGGAUUGAUGUAAAGAUCAUUCUAUGAUUUGAGAAUUGUGGUGCCUUGCUUGAGCUUGUACGAUAUGGGCUAAUGCUUGUUAUGGCUAGUACUAGAGGCGCUCUUGUGAGGAUUUUUAAUACCUCUUAUGGAUCUCCUUUGUAAGAGAAGGGGGUUCUCGGAUGGGAAUACAUCUGUCUAUAGUGCAAUGACAUGGAAGCAUAUAGUCAUUAUAUGCUUCCAUAAGAAGAACAUGGUAAUCUAGCAUUAUAAAUCAUAUUGAUCUUAUUAAGUUUCCUGAUAUGUUAUAAGAAGCAGCUUAUACUGGAUAUGAGGAUAAGAGUAAAGAGAGGGUCAAAGCUGAGGCAAUUUGCCCAGGAGGAGUUAGGUUCUCAGUUCAAUAUCAUUGCUGCAAGUACUGGAUCUGUCUUGGAAACAGUCGGCGGCAAAACUUGUUUGUAGAAUUUUUUUAUACAUUACAUUAAUAAUAUGCAGACAGAAUCUGUUUUUCCUAGCUAGGUUGAAAAAACAGAACUAUAAUUAAGGCAUAAAUUAGCAGAAUUAUUGUAAAUUUAUUGUAUUUCUCCUGUAACUUGGUUUGAUUUUCUGAAAAUUGUACAAUAAUUUUUUUAUGUAUGAAAUAUUUAACUGCUUGAUA